CAGCCCAUUAACACUCCCUCAGUGAUGUCAAAGGAGGGAUGUCAAUUUACAUUCAUCUGGAGCUACUCCAGUUUGUAUACAUGGGUUAAUCUAAUACUCUGAAUUGUGUUCUUUGAAUUUAAAGAAUGACUCGGUCUUUGCUUACUGAUCUGCUCUUCGAGGCGGACCAAACCUAACAGGAAACCUAACAGCACAGCCAAACCCUCUGGCGCGUUCCAGUUACUUUGUCCUUUAGAAAAAGCAGUAUUUUCUCACGCGCUGCUCAUUAACAGACGCGACGGCGCAUCGCUUCGCUCCACCAUUUCCCAGAUCCUACUGCAACUCAAACCCGGCGCCCAUCCCUUCCUCCUUUCGCAGGAAGAAAAGCCACAACCGGACAACCCUCCCCCCUCUUCCUUUUCCCCUUCCCUUCCCCGCUUCCCUGCUGCCGGUUCCCCGGGGCGGAGCGCGGCGGGGCCGGACGGCGGGGGCAGCCUGGCCCGGGCGGGGCACGCCGCUCCUCCGCCCCCCCCCCUCGCUCCGUCUCCGCCGCCGCCAUGGCCGCUCCGCCGCCGCCGGUACCGGAGCAGCAGCAGCAGCAGCCGCUCCCGCCGCCCCGCCGCCGCUGCCCGCCGCUGCCCGCCGUCGAGCCUCUCCUCUUCCUGGCCACCCUGUCCCUCGGCCUGCAGGGUCCCCUGGCCACCCAGUACCUCUGGGACAGGCUGGGGGCCGAGCGCGGUUACAGCGGUCCCAACGGCAGCAGCCCCGCCGGCUGCGGGAACGGCAGCACCCACGACGAUCCCCUGCGGCAGGAGGUGGAAGCGCUGGUCUCCCACUGGAACCUCUGUAUCAACCUGGGAGGUUUCUUCGUUGGUCUCUUCUCCGUGACUCUCUUCGGACCGUGGAGCGACAGCGUAGGCCGCCGGCCGGCGCUCAUCCUGCCGGCAGUGGGUAUGGCCGUGCAAGCGGCCAUCUAUCUUCUCGUCAUGUACCGGCAGCUGCACGUUGCCUACUUUCUCCUCGGACGCAUUUUGAGUGGCCUCAUGGGAGACUACAACUUGAUCCUGGCCAGCUGCUUCGCCUACGUGGCCGACACCAGCGACAGACGCGCGCGCACAUUUCGCGUCGCCAUCCUCGAGGCGUGCCUCGGCAUCGCGGGCAUGCUGGCCAGCAUCGGCGGCGGCCAGUGGCGCAAGGCUCAGGGGUACAUCAACCCAUUUUGGCUCGUGCUUGCUACUAGUCUUGCUGCCGCUCUCUACGCUGCUUUCUGUCUUCAGGAAUCGGUGAAGCAGCAGAAACCAGCCAAGCUGUUCACGCUUAGUCAUUACAAGGCUGUCUACAGGCUGUACGUGGCCCCAGAACGCCUGAGCUCCAGGAGGAAGCUUGCCCUUUACUCCCUGGCUUUCUUUCUUCUUGUCACUGUACAUUUUGGAUCCAGGGACCUCUUUGUUUUGUAUGAGCUUGGGUCCCCUCUCUGCUGGUCUGCUGACCUCAUUGGGUACGGCUCAGCCGCCAGUUACCUGGCUUACCUGAGCAGCCUGGGAGGGCUGCGGCUGCUGCAGCUCUGCCUUCAAGACACCUGGGUGGCAGAGAUAGGAUUGAUCUCCAACAUUUCUGGACUGGUUGUGAUUUCGCUUGCUACUACAACACCACUGAUGUUUACAGGUUAUGGGAUUCUGUUCCUUUCCAUGGCAGCCACUCCUGUCAUCAGAGCCAAGCUCUCCAAGCUGGUCAGUGAGAUGGAACAGGGUGCUCUCUUUGCUUCUAUUGCCUGUGUGGAAGGGCUGUGUUCACUUGUGGCUACAGGAGUGUUCAACUCUCUCUACCCUGCCAGCUUGCACUUCAUGAGGGGAUUCCCAUUUCUCUUCGGGGCUGUAAUUCUUCUUAUUCCAGCAGCUAUUAUUGGGUGGAUGGAAAUCUGGGACUCAAACCGGGACUACAGUCACUUCUCAGAUGCUUCCCUGUCCCCUGCAGAUGACUGAGCAGCCACUUAGCAACAAGGAAUUGGCCAGCUCAGCAGUGUCCAUCUGAAGACUGCUCUUUAUUCUUCCCUUGAAGGACAGAUCAGUGUGGGAAGGACACCCUGCUUGUCCUUACUAAUUUUUAAAUGCCAAAUAGUUGGAAAUUGUGGCUCUGACUACCAGCAGUAACUUGAUUUGCAGAUGCGAAUGCCUCCUCGCCGUUGUGUUGGCUCAUCUGUCAGAGAAAACCCAAGGGACCGAAAAGCCAAUCAAGAGUGAAAGCUGUUGUUGGCCAUUUGCAAGGCCGGUUAGUGGUUUGGGGUUUGGUGGGGAGGGAAGGUUCUACAGCAUGCUUUGAGUGAUGAGAGAGGACUGAAUUCUGGUUUAAUUGGCAAACAUGUUCCCCUCUGAGUACUACAGUGUGCAGCAAAUGAGUUGUUGCUGUGGGUGAGGCCCAGACCAAAGCCUGCAGAGCAAGACCGAAGCAGAGGUACCCAACAGCAUGCUACUGAGGAGAAAGAUCUGUGCUCCGAAUCAGUGUGUUGUCAAUAAAAGUCAUACAAAUGUCACGUGCCAGACUAGGCUCCUGCAGAAAUCCUUGUGAUGAGUGGUAGUUUACCACGGGAGCGCUAUUGCCGUCCUUACUGACUAAACUAGCUUUAGCUUAGCAAGUUAGACGUGUCCGAGGGAGAGAAUCUAAUGCGUGAAGUGCUCGUAGUGAGGAGUGCCAGUGGGACGUCCCGCCUGCCUGUCUGCAGCUCAGCCCAGGAUUUCAAAGGUACUUUUGAGAAGUAAUAGCUCGUGUGGGAAUACGUAGGUGCCUUAAUUGACAGUUGCCCAAACUGAUGAAGUUAAUGCUAAAAUUGGCAAAAUUGGGCCUCCCUAACUGAAGUCCCUUACAUUAUAAAUUUGAGGCCCCAACUGUGAUAUGUGUGCCCUAGUAUCAUGUGAAAUCACUGGUGUGCUUAUGGCAGAGCCGGAAGCAGUCCUUCGUCAUCAAUACACAGCACUGUUGGGAUGAGCUGGUUGGGGACAGGACUAGUGUCUUUGGAGAUAAAAUUAUGCCCCAAAAUUUUUUGUCAGUGAUCUCACUUCUGCUGCCCUUCUCAGGAUAUGUUGAUGCCAGCAAGCAAACCCCGUGUUCAUGAUACUCGUAAUUGUUCUUUUCAGAGCAUUAACUGUAUUGCCUCAAUCCUAUUUCCUUCAAACUGCCAUAAACCAGCAGUUCUGUGUACAUUGCAUUGCACAGACUGUUCAGAUGCAUGCAAUAAUGUCCUUAACUCUGAAAUUGCUUAGCAAACACGUUACUUUCAGAACGUAUAAAACCACCGUUCCCUUUUAUGGUUCAUAAAAAGAUAGCUUUUCUCGUACAGCUGUUGAUGUCAUUUGUCCUUGCCUCGUUCUGUGCUCCUCUCCGUUAUUUUCAUGUUUCUUCCUUUAUUGAAGACUCUGCAGUAAAGAAGCAGCAGGAGGUUAUCUGCCCUGUAGAGAAUGAGCGUGUGAGAGUCCUGAGUCAGGAAAAAAUGCAGGUUUGGGACUUGCAAGCAGCCAAAGCUUGCUUUUCCUGAACACCGGAGUAAAGCUUGUGGGAGUGCCUAGUCUGUAACCUGUCCUUCAGUACACAGUAAAUGUGAAAUGCUUAUA